AUUGUUAGAUUGCAACGGGUCCUUAUCAUGUUAAUCUUGAUUAAAAAUGUUUUGUUUGCAAUCAACACGAAAAGUUACUUAUCUUUAGAUGCAAAUGGACUAGUGAAAUGUUGGAAUUAUAGUUUCAAUCAAUGUACGUACACAAUACGAGAAAAAAGGCAAACUUACAAUAUAACAUACCAUCCACGACUGCCAAAAUUUAUUACUUGUGGGGAUAAUGGAAAAAUGUACUACUAUGAUGAAGAAUCAAAGGUGCAAGAAAGAAUAUUAAGUGGAAGCGACAACAAUUCCGUUUUGGAUGGGCACUCUUCAAGAGUAUUCGCUGCUUGUUUUAAUCCCCAAUCAAAUUAUGAAUUAAUCACUGGAGGUUGGGAUGAUGUUGUACUUUUUUGGGACCUUCGUCAACCAUUCGCUUUGCGUCAUUUAUCAGGUCUACAUAUGGGGGGUGAAGGGCUAGAUAUUGAUUCUGCUGGAAAAACUAUAUUAACUUGUGCUUGGCAAGCUGAAAAUGCACUUCAACUUUGGGAUUAUGGCUCAGGAAACCUCAUUACAACUUUGGAACCGGACAUUUUUAAUACAAAGUUGUAUUGUGGAAGAUUUAUAGGGAAAGACUAUUUGAUCUGCGGUGGAUGUCAAAGUAAUUUAUUAAGACUUGUGGAUAAGACAACUUCCUUUGUAAGUUAUUAGAUAAGUAUAAGCGAAAAUUUACAUAGUUCACGGUAUUAAAAAGCUGUUCACAUUAUGCAGGUUUUCUAAAAUAUCGAUUUUCCCAUUAGCAAGUUUUAGUUUA